CAACACCCAGAAGCUAGUUUGCAUGCGCCUCUUUCCUGUGUUUCGCUCGCGGACAUCCCCCCCACCCAGGCAGUAGUUUCCUGUGAUUCUGUUUUCUUCUGUUUCUGGUUCACUGACGGCUACACCCUGCAAGUUUAAAUAUGGGAGCUGGCACCUUACAAAUAGCCUGACUCUGUACAAAUCAUCAUCCACAAUGGUUCUCCGAUGCUGCAGGGGACCCGGGUGACAGCCCAUCGGUCUCUGGCUUGGACAUUCGUGCCCAGAGCGGCCGCAGUGCAGGCUGUUGAGAAACGAGAGUGUGUGUGGAGCAGACGUGGGCCGGGAGACAUGCUUCCCAGUGAGGAAAACCCGCCAUUGAACUUCCGCGGGACCGUGGUCUGAGGAAGGCUCAUCGGGGUCAGAAAUUGCCUCUGGGAAAGUUCCCUUGAGAUACUCCCUGCGCUCCGGAGGGAGGCCCUGGUGUGCACCCUCUUCAAGUCGUGGACAGUCAAGCAAAUACAGAAAGGAGCACCUUUGCCCGUCUGGGCCCCCACAGGACAGGAAAUAGAGGAGGGCCGUCGGAGCACCCUGGUUCUUCUUCUAUUUCUGUAAACGUGCUGCAGCGUGACUUCCGCAGCCCUCUGACAAGCUGCUGCCUCUUGACUCGGAGCUGGAUUGUUCCUCCGAUGAGAAAGCAUCUCCAGUGACAGCCCCCGACCUGGUCCUCAUGCUGCUGGGGCUCAUGCUGUUGAUGUGCGCGCCGCCCUGCGAACUAACUGCCCUGCUCCUGACCGCCACGCCCUCUCGGCCCGUGGAGGGAGGCUCAGUGACCCUGACCUGCAACGUUCUGGUCCCUUCACGGAGGCUGGACAGCCCCCUCCAGUUCUGCUUCUUCAGAGACAGCCAGGCCCUGUGGCCGGGCUGGAGCAGCUCCCCGGAGCUCCAGCUCCCCAAGGUGUGGAGGGAAGACUCAGGAUCCUACUGGUGUGAGUCAAAGACCAUGGCAGCCAGAGUCACUCGGAGCCCGAGGGUCCAGAUACAGGUGCAGGGAGUCCCCGUCUGUAAUGUGAGCUUGGAGACGCAGCCUCCCGGCGGGCAAGUGCAGAAGGGAGAGAGGCUGGCUCUCAUCUGCAUGGUGGCCAGGGGCACAGGAGACAUCACCUUCCUCUGGUACAAAGGGGCCCUGGGUUUGAACCUGGAAACAAAGACCCAGCGCUCUCUGGCAGCGAAGUUUGAGAUCCCGGCGGUGAGGGACAGUGACACGGACAAAUACUACUGUGCGGCCGACAAUGGCUACGGCCCCAGCCUCAGCGAGCUGGUGAGCGUCACUGUCAGAAUUCCAGUGUCCCGCCCCGUCCUCACCAUCAGGGGGCCCGGGGCCCCGGCCGAAGUGGGGGACGUGGUCGAGCUUCGCUGCGAGGCCCAGAGGGGCUCUCCCCCCAUCCUGUACCGGUUUUAUCGCGAGAAUGUCACCCUGGGGAGGAGCUCAGCUCACGCUGGAGGAGGAGCGUCCUUCAACCUCUCUCUGACCGCAGAACAUUCUGGAAACUACUCCUGCGAGGCCGACAACGGGCUGGGGGCCCGGCGCAGCAAGGCGGUGCCACUCAACGUCACAGUGCCCACGGAGGACAGGAAAGAACUUCUCGCCUCGGGAAUCCUCGAGGGGAUGCUUGGCGUCCUUGGUCCCGUCAUUCUGGCCUUAUUCUGCUGUGGGCUCCGGAAAAGACUAGGAAGACGUCCCUCCGGGAACCCACGCGGGAGCCCUCCGAGCCCUGUGCCACCAGCAUCCAGCUACGUCAACUCACCCGCCCCGCUGCAGGGACAGUCGGUGUACGAAAAUGCGAAUGUUGUACGCGGGGACGAGGUUUACUCUUUGGUGUACCACACGCAGCAGGAACGGCCACCAGCAGUACCGCCCCCGAGGACACGCGUCGAGGACCAGGUGAGUCAGAAUCCCCAUCAUACUUUCCCUCCUGCUCGUCUGUCUUUCUUCUGCCGACGGCUCCUCAAACUUUAAAACUUAUGGCCACUUAGCAAAACCCAAAUGCCUCCAGGGUCUGUCUCUUCCCCUAUCUCCCCACACAGUGGGAUAAAAACAUUUGGUUAUAACAGUAAAGCGUCACUGUGCAAGGGAAUUUUGGAGGCUUGCGUAGACGUUUCCUUCGGCCACAGACACAUGGAUGAUUUGUAGUUACACUCUGGCACGUGCCAAGUCUAAACAUGCCAUUCCUUGAAAAUCCUUGUUGUGAAAUACCGUUCAGCCACACACACACACACACACACACACACGCACACACACACACACACGACUUUGUGUUGUGAGGAUAACCAAACAACCCGUGGAAAACUAAAUUAAUAUUGAACGAAGCUAAACUAAGAGGGAUUUGUGUCAUUGAAACUCAGUGAUCUGUCAACCUUGAAUAAUUGACGACAUCACUGAUAAUACGGAAAUAUGCUCAGAAAAUUGCGGGAAUCCCAGCUCGGCGUGUGUGCAAAGACAGUAGAUGCUUUGUAGUUUUGUCAGGUGCGGUGGGGAAGCCAGAUGUGUCACGACAGAACCCAUGUCCUUGGGAAACUCCAGUGACACGCUGAAUUUAGUGUAUGAGUGUAAAAUCCUGAAAUCCUGCAAAAAACGCCAGCCCGCGGAACUGCCUAGCAGUGGCCCCCUCCGAAUGGGAGAGGGGUUUAAGCGUUUGGAUCCACCGGGGGGAUGGGACGCAGGCCCUUUGAAAAUGCUCGCCCAGGGCCGCAGUCUUCCAAGAGGCUGUGCUGCAUGUGUGUGGCACGUCAUGAUAGGACGUGCCCCGGCUGCCUGGGGAAGAGACAGGCCCCACAUGUGUUCCCUGCUCCGGUCCUGUCUAUGUGCCUUUAC